UCAGUGCAGUGACUUCAGCAGGUUAUGGUGAGAUGAAGACUUGGCAAAGGAUUGUCUCUGCUGUGCUUGGGGUGGUUGGAUUUGUACUGAAGCCUAUCACCAACUGCAUAUUUGCAUUAAUAUAUGAGAGACAUGCAAGGAAAGUCCCUCCCAUCACAGACAGCAUUCUACUUCAGAGUGGCACUUCACUGGCUAAAAAGAUUAGAAAGAGAGAGGUCACAUCAGAACAAGUUGUUGAAACCUUUAUUAACCGCAUUAAAGUCAUUAACCCCAUUGUCAAUGCAGUGGUGUCAGAAAGAUUUGAGGAUGCCCUAGCAGAAGCCAGAGAGAUAGACUCCAUAAUUGGUGCUGGAAAACUGGAUGAGAGAUACUCAGAAGUGAAUGCUCCAUUCUUAGGGGUUCCUUUUACAACUAAAGAGGCAUUUGCUGUUAAAGGUCUAUCAAAUUCAUCAGGGUUGAAAAGUAGAUCUACCAUCAUAGCUGAUGUUGAUGCCCCCGUGAUUAAAAAUGUCAGAAAAGCUGGUGGCAUUCCUCUGUGUGUGACCAAUGUAAGUGAACUAUGUAUGUGGUGGGAGAGUGCUAACACGGUCUAUGGGAGGACAGGGAAUCCAUAUAACAACAGUAGAAUCGUAGGAGGGAGUUCAGGUGGUGAAGCAUGCACCUUGUCAGCAGCAGGCUCCGUGAUAGGUGUUGGUUCAGAUAUUGGUGGUUCCAUUCGCCUGCCUUCUAUGUUCUGUGGAAUCUUUGGGCACAAGCCUACCUUUGGUAUAGUAAACAAUGAUGGGCAAUAUCCUAAUGCCACUGCAAAAGAAAAAGACUACCUAGUGACGGGACCCAUGUGCAGAUAUGCUUGUGACCUCAAACCUAUGUUAAAGAUAUUAGCUGGUGACAAGGGAGCAAAAUUAAAACUGGACCAAGAGGAAGAUAUAAGAAAGCUGCGCUAUUUCACCAUGGAAGAUGAUGGCGGGGAUAUGUUAGUCAACUCUGUGGAUUCUGAAAUUAGAGCAACACAAAGAGAGCUUGUCAAGAAACUUACUGAGAGCCUAGGGGUAACUGUUCAACCUGUCCAGCUCAGCAAACUCAAGUAUUCUCUUGAGAUGUGGGAGGCCAAGAUGUCCACUUGUGGAGGUACAACAUUCUGUGAGCUUAUGGGGAAUGGUGUGCCAGUCAACCCCUAUCUGGAAUUCAUCAAGUGGUUGGUAGGACUUUCCAAUCACACCCUACCUGCUAUUAGUCUUGGCAUGACAGAGAAAUUGGGGAGGCUUUUUCCAGAGAAACAGAAAAAGGCUAUAAGUAUAUGUGAGAAGCUGAAAGAAGAAUUCCAGGAGUUACUCGGAGACAACGGAGUAUUGAUAUAUCCCACACAACCCCGAGUGGCUCCAUACCACAACCAGCCAUUGUUAAUGCCAUUCAAUUUUGCUUAUACUGGAGUGUUUAAUGUGUUAGGCUUGCCUGUCACUCAGUGUCCUGUUGGGCUGAAUAGUGAAGGUUUACCUAUGGGUAUACAGUUGGUGGGCAGUCUGUAUAGUGACAGGCUGACCAUAGCUGUAGCACAAGAAGUGGAGAAACUUAUGGGUGGCUGGCAACCACAAAUUAGAGGAUAAAAUACUAUCACCAAAUUUAUUAAAUAUUAAAAUAAGAAUCAGUUAUUUUUCCUGCAUACACUGGUACUUAAAGAUUCAGUGACAGAUCACUUAACUAAAUUGUUCUAAAUUUUGAUAGCGUUGUUGCCAGCAUUUUCAAACAGGUCCUGAUAAUGUAAUCAUAUUGUUUAUAUGUCAUUAUAUUGUGCCAAAACCGAGCAAGAUAAAACUCUGUAAUUUAUUGUUUGUGCCUAGAUUGUUAUACAGUUCAAGGAUAGUAAAUAAUUUAUAGUCGACAUGCAAUGGAAAUCUCAAUGCCAUACAAAUAUUAGAACACUACGAAUGUUUUUUUUUUUUUUUAUAGACUGUUUUGUGAGUUUUAAGUUUUCAAUAUUCGAGACUUUUUUGUAGUGUAAAUCAGGAUUGGUAGUUAACUCAUGUGAUGGUAGAAAUGACAAACUAAGAGCUCAAACAUGGGUUAACGUUGUAAUUUUUCUCUGUGGUUUUAGAUAGGGUGUACCUUUAUGGUAAAUAGAAAAUUACUGAAAGUACUAGAAAGGUUUUUCUGUAUAAAGAUCUAACACACCUUGCAGGUCUUUAAUGAUGGGAAAAGUAUCUCUACUGAAAAGAUCUCUCUUUCAGACCAUUUUGGAAACUUAACUAUAUUUUAGAAGAACUUCAAAAUCUCUUAAGGGUUGAUGUACCCUGAGCUUCAGGUCCAAUGGGUGCUAACUUCUUCAUUUUCAAACCUCUAUAUCAUCUCAGGCCAGAUUGAGGAGUUCAUCUCAUUGAAAGAGUAUACAUCUGACAUUGUCUAGGUCCCCAUUAUUUUUUAAUUUUUUAGUAUUUUUUUUUUCAGAAAAAGCAGGUAUGAUAAAAAAGGUAGAAUUGAUUGUUUUGGUACAUAAAGAAGUGAAUUAUUGCAUUAAACAAAUUUAUGCCUAUCUUUUGCUGCAGUGACUCAGUAUUUUCAGUUUCAGAUUUUAAGUAAUGAAAAGUUUCAUUAAAAGCACUGUGAUAAAUGAAUUUGGAGGUGGGACAUGAAAGUGUUUAUUACUGAUAUAUUUAUUUAGUACACUUAUUGUAUUCCAAUAUAGUACUUAAUUAUACACAUAAUAUGUUUAUUUCACAAAAAGUCAUUUUUUAACUGUGGAAGUCAGUUUGACUUUAAAAUCGGUUUGUGUGAAUAAUUUGAUUAAGAUUUGUAAAACAGAGCAAAAAGAGUAAAAUAUUGGAAAUAAGAUAGAUAAGCAGUUUGUACGGGUAAGAUGAACUAGUUACCAGGAUUAUUGAAGCACAGAUGCUAAGACUUUUUAAUGUUCCAAAAAAUGUACACCAGUGAAAAACUUUACAGUUAAGCAUUUUGUGUUGUAUGUGCUAAAUGUAAAAUUUAAAGUCAACCUACUUAAUAGUGCUGUAUAAUUUAUUUGAUUCAGUAAA